AUGGGAAACGCUGCUGCAGUAAAUAAUGUUGGUGGAAAUGUUUUACCUCCUAUUAAGAAUUAUUCAGUAACACUCUGUGAAGUCGAAACUUCAGGAUAUCACAUAGAUUCUAUCUACGUGUUACCUGUCCUCGCAGUUCUUAUACAACACGGAUUCGAAAUAAAACCUCUCGUUGGUCAUAUGCUCAACACGAAGUAUUUUUGUCAAUUACGUCAGGGUGUCCAACCAUGGUCUAGUGAAAUACUCGAUCAAGCGAUGCGAAAUGCUCUACCUGAUCUUAUACGCAACAAAACAUCGGGUUUUCGGUGGACUUUUGCAUAA